AUGGCGAUGAUGAUGGCUGGCCGUGUGCUGCUGGUGUGUGCCCUCUGCGUGCUGUGGUGCGGUGCCGGCGGUAGAUGUGAAGAGGAGGGGACAGCAGUUCCUGAGAGUGGAGGGAAAUUAUUGACGCACACGCAUAAUGGAGGAAAUGAUGGACUGCGCCUGAAGGCGGAUUUCGGGUUGAUUUCUACCCGAAUGGGAUUAAUAAAGGCGGUUGCGGCUGGAGACGACGGUGGAGAUGGAGCUGGUAAUGAUUCAUUGGAAAAUGAGGAUAAAUCACCGCAAGGUGGUGUCUUGGCUGGUACUAAGGACAAUGAAGCACCUGGUGCAGGAGGAGGGAAUGGUGCCGCAGGCGCAGUAAACGGGCAGUUACCUGCGGCUGGUCAAAAAGGGAUUGAAAACAAAAACGUGGAUCCCGGUAGAAAUGCGGCAACGGACUCCCAAGAUCAAAACAAUGACCACUUGUCCUCUUCAUCUGGCAGCACUCCCAGUCGUUCUGGUGAAAAACCCUCUUCGACGGGUACUUCCGAGAUGACUCAAUUGCCCAAGGACACGGUGACGAAAUUAGAUGCCGAUCUUCAGGAUAAACGUGAAAGUAGUGAAGGGAUAAAGGCAGAAGAAACAGAAGAGGAGGAAAGACAAAAAAUUAAAGCACACACCGGGUCUCGCGAAAGUAAAAAUAAUGGAGGAGAAACAACACCGCCACUACCAACAUCAUCAGAUGAAGAAAGCCCGAUAUCAGAUCAAGAAAACUCACAGAAUUCAAAAAAAGUAAAGAACGAAGCCACGCUGUCAGAAUCCAAAACGGCGUCAGAAGCACCGGCACCACCAUCAAAGGAUGCUACACAAGGGCAGCACAGUCAUGACACAGACACAGAGGAUCCGACGAAGAAUGCAGCAACCGGCAGUCCAGUUGAACCAACGACCUCAUCUACCUCUAAAAGUGGCAGCGGUGAUCAUGUCCAGAAUAAGGUAGAUGAGGAUGAUGCCCAAAGCUCUGAAGAACAACAUGACGGCAUUGAAACCGGCAAUACCAACGUUGUUCCAACACUCAGUGAGAGAGCGUCACAAACGCCAGAAACAGCCACCGACGCUCGAACAAAUGAUACGACGACGCCUGGCGACAGUGACGGCAGCACCGCGGUCUCCCACACCACCUCCCCUUUUUUGCUUUUUGUUACGUGUGCGGCGGCUGCUGCUGUGGUGGCCGCGUGA